ACGAGAAACAAGUUCGAAUCAUGCCCAAGUGAAGAAUCGACCCGAAGAAUAUUUUUAUUGAAAUUUGCAAGUUUGUUGCUGGACUUUUGGUGUCAUAAAAUGGAACUUAGAGUCAUCCUUCUCUUACUUUAUGCAGUUAUAGACAGGAUCAAUGCUUUAGCAAGUGGUCAACGAAAUCAACUCAACAAAUACAUAAAACAUUUUGAAGAACUCAACUAUGACAAAAAUGAUCUGAUUACCAGGCAUUUACGCGCCAAAAGAUCAGUCUCACCAGAUUAUUUAUUGCAUCUUAAUUUUCAUUCCCAUGGAAGAUAUUUCCCAAUUCGUUUGAAACGAGAUAUAACAAUAUUUUCAGCUGAUUUCACUGUUCCUGAUGGUAACCAUCAAUUUUACCCUUCAAACAUUUACGAAGGAUGGUUGGAAGGUGAAUUCGGAUCCAAAGUUAACGGAUUUAUUCAUGAUAACAUUUUUGAAGGAAAGAUUUACACAGCCAGUGGUAAGGAAUUUCAUAUUGAGCCUGCCUGGAAGUACCUGAAUUCCACGAAAUCUCACUCUGUGAUUUACAGUGUGGAUGAUAUACAUUAUCCACAUCCACAUGGAGCCAGUUGUGGGAUCAAAAAGGAACUGAAGGACUGGAUGAAAGGUAUUCAAACCUCAGCUCUUGAAAACCAGGAGAAAGAUGACAAAGAUAUCAAGUUUCAUAAAUCAGAUGACACAAUAAAACAGAGGUCAAGAAGAGCUACAGUAGCCAAAACUAGCUGCCAUCUUUAUGUUCAAGCUGAUUGGCUUUUCACUGACAAAUUUGCCAAGACAACUGAACGAGCCUUCUACUUAAUGACACAAUAUGUGCAAAGCGUCAACUCAAUUUACAAUGCUACUGCUUUCACAGGCUAUCCCCAUCGUGUCACACUUAAAAUAUCACGGAUGAAAGCACAAACUGAAGUGGAAUGUAAUGCGGACGCAAACUGCAAAUUCAAGGACGCGAAUAUCGGCGUUGCGAAGUUCUUGGAGCUCAAUUCCGAAACCGACCAUGACAAACACUGCCUUGCUUAUGUUUUCACAUAUAGGGAUUUUGCUGAUGGCGUGCUUGGCCUUGCUUGGAUUGGAGAAGCUUCUGGUGCAUCUGGUGGUGUAUGUGAACGUUGGAAGCCCUACAGUGGCGGCAAGUACAAAAGCUUGAACACCGGAGUUGUCACCACUUUGAAUUACCAGCAAGAUGUGCCAUUGAAAGUGACAGAAAUCACGUUGGCUCAUGAGAUCGGACAUAAUUUUGGUGCGCAGCACGAUCCAGUCUCGAAUUCGCCGCAGUGUUCUCCAGGCUCUGCUGGUGGCGGCAACUUUAUCAUGUAUCCAAGGGCAACAUCUGGAAGUGACAGCAACAACUACAAAUUCUCAAAAUGCAGCAGAGACUACAUCGGACCUGUACUUAACGCAAAAGCUGACAUAUGCUUCAAAGAACCUUCUGGGCCUAUAUGCGGUAACAAGUUUGUUGAGGAGGGCGAACAAUGUGAUUGUGGUUAUGAAGAUGACUGCAAAAAUGAAAGAUGCUGCAACAAAUACGACCCAAAAUCGUCAAAUAAUUGCAAGUACAACCCCGCCAACGUCCCUGCUACAAAUGCAUGCAGUACCUCGGAAGGGCCGUGUUGUGAUGCCAGUACCUGCAGUUACAACACUUCUAUUGGACAAAACUGCAGUUUAGACACUGAAUGCGCUCGAAAAGCAGCUUGCGAUGGUUCUUCUCCAAAGUGCCCUUCUCCGCCGCCAAAGCCAGACAUAGUUACAACCUGUCAGAAAGGAGCCAAAGUUUGUUUGGGUGGGAUGUGCAACGGAUCAAUCUGUCUGAAAUCAAAUGAAACGGAGUGUAUGUGCACCGCAAAAGAGGCCUAUUGUGACAUUUGUUGCAUGAUGGGAAAUGAUAAAUCCACCUGUAAAAGCAAGACAGAGCUCAAAAGUGGAAAGACAGUCGUCCUAAAAAUGGCCCCUGGUUCACCAUGUGACAACUAUCUCGGGUACUGCGACAUCUUUGAUAAAUGCAGAAAGGUGGAUGCCGAAGGUCCACUCUCUCGAUUGAAGAACUUCAUAUUCAGCAAACAAGCGAUCGAUUCUAUCUACACGUGGAUGAAAGAGCGCUGGUGGGCCUGUGUUCUUAUUGGCCUUGGCUUGAUUUUGUUCAUGGCUUGUUUCAUCAAAGUUUGCAGCGUCCACACACCUAGUAGCAACCCAAAUCGACCACCAGCGAGGCCAAUGACAUUGCCACGAACGAUAUCAAGGAGAAACAAGAGAAACCCCACUGCCCCCACGAUUGCCCCACAAGAGGAACCCUUGCCAAGUUACGAUACUGCAGUAAGAGCGGGAAGACCAAAAGAGCGGCACCAGAUGCGUGUGACAGGCAAUUACUGAAAGGUCACAAAUUAGAGGUCAAAAUCGCAAAGUUGUAAGUUUACGAUAAAGGUCAUGAUUCAAAGGCCAAUUAGUUUUCUCUAGAUGUAAUUCUGAUGAUAGCUUAGUGCUAAAUGAUCCAAAGUGGUUCACUCCUUAUAGUGACUCGAAGUUCUCCUUUAAACUGUAAUUUUUUGUAGUUUUAACCAUUUAGAAAUUUGUAGUCUUUUAUCCAAAAAGGACUAGAAAAAGUUUGCACAUAUUGUAUUGUCAGUUGAACGUUUUCGUGAGUUGUUUAUCUUAGCAUUUGUAAUAAAUAUCUGAUAUAUAACAUAAAUAUAUCAUAUAUAACAUAAAUAUAUCAUAUAUAACAUAACAUCGCAAGGCCAUCAAACUAUAGUUCGGGAAAUUUCAAAUUCUCAUAUAUCUUACAAGCUGAUGCGAUAGUGCAAGGUUUUCCAGACAUCCAUUGUCUCAAAAUUGACAUGUUGUUAGCGAAAACUUUCUCCUCCUCGAAAUGUUAUCAGAAAAAUUAGAUAGCACAAACAAAUUCUUAUGUCAAAGUUGUAGGGAUUUUAGAUUGUCAAAAUAUAAUUGCAAGUUUCGAAGAAAACUGUGAGGCAGAAGUGUCUGAUAAAAUUGUCUGUUAGACGUGUCCGGUAGUGGUGUUCUUUGCUUUUCUGGUUAUAUUUUGCGAUUGCUUCAAUUUUACACUCUUUUUUAUCAUUGCACCGGUAUAAGUGUCCGAUAGAAUAGUCCGAUAGACGUGUCCGUUAGUGCUGUGUCUGUUGCUACUAUGAGUGCAUUGUGUGAUUGCUCCAAAUUUCAUCUUUUUUAUAUCGCUUCCCUCUUUGUAAGUAGUUUUUUAAACGUUUUCAUUUUGCCAAUGUUUCAAUUUUGUUCAGAACAUUAGAAUAUACUGAUGACCUCUUGACCUUUGCAACGACAUUGGUAUAAACGUAAUUAUUUAAAAUUUCCUAUCAUCGUCCUAUAGUUGAGUAUUUCUUUACACCUGUUACUAAUUUAUUUAUGAUUUCAAUUUCUUAAGUCUUAAGUUCUUAUAGCACCGGCUUUUGCAUUGCAUGGUAGACCUUCGUAGUAGCCUUUGUCCUCUGACCUUUCAAAGAUUCGUACAAGGCAACAUAUCUUUAAGUGCAUCUGCCCCGUUGUGUGGAAAUUUGUGCCAAGUAUCACAGUGUACCAAAUACCGUUUCGUCCUUUAGAGUAACCUUUGUCCUUUGUUUGACCUUUCAAAGAUUCGUUCAAGGCAACAUGUCAUUAAGUGCAUCUGCCCCGUUGUGUGGAAAUUUGUGCCAAGUAUCACAGUGUACCAAAUACCGUUUCGUCCUUUAGAGUAACCUUUGUCCUUUGUUUGACCUUUCAAAGAUUCGUUCAAGGCAACAUGUCAUUAAAUGCCUCUGCCCCGUUGUGUGGAAAUUUGUGCCAAGUAUCACAGUGUACCAAAUACCGUUUCGUCCUUUAGAGUAACCUUUGUCCUUUGUUUGACCUUUCAAAGAUUCGUUCAAGGCAACAUGUCAUUAAGUGCAUCUGCCCCGUUGUGUGGAAAUUUGUGCAAGUAUCAAAGUUGAUCAAAAAAUUUCUGUGUCGAAAUUUUGAUGUUCUAGUCGAAUUGUUCAUCAAUGAAGCAAGGAGAGUGGUUUUGUAAUAUCUCAACAAACAUUACAGGGUACCCAUUUCGUUGAUUCGUGUAGUAGCAGCUCGAAAAUAGGUAUGUUAAGAUAGGACCCCCCCCCCUUCAUUUAACAUAAGCAAAAAUUGAUCGUGCCAAGAGUGGACCUGGUAGCGGACCACAAGUGGAUCGCAUAAGGGACCAAUAGCGGAUUGGGUCCACCAGAUUCCAUGUUAACGGAGGGCCUAUCUGUACCAAAAGAAGUUCGGGUCCGGGCUAGAUCCGUCCGCUUUCGCUCUUGGAAAUCCGGCCUCGGUCGACUUGGCGCCCGGUUAUUCGAACAAAGCAAAAUUCAUUCGAUAACAAUUUACGGCCUAGGCAUUGGUGAUUGCGAAGAGAAGAAAUUUUGCUGGGAUAGAAGUUAGUGGGAAUUCGAAUUAACGAAGGGUCUAAUUAGCAGAGAUUCGAAUUAUUGGGCAGUCGUUUCAGACCUUUAUAAACUUUAAUCUAUUGAAUAAAGCAGCGACAUAGAAGAAUAUUAGUGCCUAUGUGAGGAAAUUUCCAACCCCUAAUAUAUUUGUUAUUGUACUCUUAAACUGCUACUGUAAAUCCCAGAGAUGUAUAAAGUUUGGUAUGUAAGGGAGCGUUCGUUAUAAAUCUAUGUAAUGUUUUGAUUUUUGUGUAAAUGUGUGAUAUACAUACUUCUUUAGCAUAA